AUGGAGAAAGCUGUUAAAGAAACUGGUGUGGAAUUGUUAAGACCAUUAUGGUGCAAGGACAGAAAAGAAAUUUUGGAAAAGAUUUUUGAAUUAAAUUUUGAAAUUUUGGUAACUUGCGUGAAUUUAGAAAAAUUACGAAAAUCAAUUGUCACUCUUAAAAUUUCCAAUAACAAUAAUAAUAUUGAUGAUGAUGUAGAAAAAAUUGGUGGGAUGUUAGUAGGUAAAGUAUUAAAUAGAGAUUUAUAUCAAACAGUUUUGAAAAAAUUUAGUGAUGAAUAUGGAAUGGAUGAAUGUGGUGAAUAUGGGGACUUCCACACAAUGACACUUGAUGCCCCAUUAUUUAAAAAACAUAUCAUCAUCAAAAAUGCUCAUAAGAAAUUAUCUGACUGUGGAAAUUUUUUGUAUUAUUUGAUUGAAGAUUGUGAAAUUGUUGAUAAAAUUUUUAAAGAUAAAAAGAUACUUUAA